AUCACUUGUCUUGUCAUUUUGAUUUCUUCUACUUGUUCAGAGUAUUUCCUAUUUUUGCUAUGAUAUAACAAAAAUUAGAGAAAAACCAAUUGAUAUUGCUUAAAAAAUGGCAGAUAUACUACAAAUCCACGAUGACAUCAAACUGUAUACAACUUCUGACAAAUUCUUUUUGGAACCACAUUUAAAUCCAACGGAGAUCUUGGUCAUUGAUAGAAUUACUGGAGAGGCUUCAGUCAAAGAUGUCAAGUCAGUGAAAAUACCAAUCCCAUUAGAUGCAUACAAACCUGUUUGUGGAUUCCUUGGUACAAUAAGAUUAAUAUCUGGAUUGUAUCUUGUUGUAGCAAAAUAUAGGAUUUUGAUCGGGAAGCUGAAUGGUCAUGAUAUUUAUCAAUUAGCUGGUGCAGAUAUAUUGCCAUAUGCUCGUUCUACUACACAUCUGACAAGUAAACAGAUUGAUGAUAAUAAUACAUAUGAAAGGCUUAUGCGAGCAGCUCUGGAAACCCCAGGCAUAUACUUCUCAUAUGGAUAUGAUCUAACACAUACAAUGCAACGAUUACAUUCAGUUGCUUCGGAUUUUCAUAAAAUGUCAUUAGCGAGUCGUGCAGAUGCUCGUUUUCUUUGGAACGGUCACUUACUGAAGGACUUUGCACAUCAACAGUUUGAGAGAUUUGCUUUACCCGUUAUACAAGGCUUUGUUGCAAUCAACAAUGUGACAGUAAAUGGUCACCAGCUGAUGUGGUCGCUGGUCUCUCGACGCUGUGUGGAUAGAGCUGGCACCAGGUUCUUCAUGCGAGGAGCUGAUGCCCAGGGUAAUGUAGCAAACUUCGUAGAGACGGAACAGAUAAUAGAACGUGGGGGUGAGAAAUCAUCUUUCGUACAAACUCGCGGGUCUAUUCCGUUGUUCUGGUCGCAAUAUCCAGAUUUGAAGUACAAGCCGGCGAUGGUAUUGUCUGCGGAAGACCACGUGGCGGCCUAUACUAGGCAUAUGAGGGAUCAGAUACAGCGGUACGGCAAUCAAGUGUUGGUUAAUUUGAUCGACCAGCACGGUAAAGAGGAAUCCUUAGAGCGCGGGUACCGUGCUGCGGUGGCAUCGGCCGCAUUGCCCGGGGUGAGGUAUGAACCCUUCGACUUCCAUGCGGAAUGUCGUGGCAUGCGGUACGACAGGCUGACUGUGCUAAUGGAUAGGAUAGCACAUGAACAGACGGAAUUCGGUUACUUCCUAUCACGUGGUGGCACAGUCUUGUUACGUCAGACUGGUGUGUUCCGUACCAACUGCGUUGACUGUCUAGACCGUACCAAUGUCGUGCAGUCGUUACUCGCGCGCAGACAGAUGGAGGCAGCUCUGCGACUCCUUGCUGUGACCACCAGUGACAACCAGCAUCCUCAUCUGGAUAGAUUAUUUAAUACGGUGUGGGCAGACCACGCCGACAUGAUAUCCUGCCAGUACUCAGGUACAGGCGCGUUGAAGACAGACUUCACGCGCACUGGGAAGCGCACGCGCGUUGGCGCGCUGCGGGACGGAGUUAACUCACUCACUAGAUACUAUAAGAAUAAUUUCACUGAUGGAUUUAGACAGGACUCAAUAGAUUUGAUCCUCGGCAAGUACACAGUAAGUGAAGGUGAGGGCAACACCGCGCCUUGUCCGCUGCGACGUGACAGGGAUUGGAAAUAUGUCACUUUCCCGUCGGUGCUGCUGGUGGCGGUGUCGAUGUUCUGUGCGAGCGCAGUGCUCCCGCAGCGCUACAGCAACGAGGUUAUGCUCUACCUCAUGUUCUGGGGCGCGGCCAUCGGUGCCACCGUCUCCUUCAUAUUCAGGCAUGGCAAGGAGUUUGUGGAGUGGCCCCGCCUGGAUGGUGGGGGGCUGGCCAUUGCGGGCCCCCGCGGCCCUCCGCCCUCCUUAUGAUAAACGAUCGGCUCGUCCUCGUCGUCUAGACCAAACUAUACCCCACACAGACUAGCCCCCGCCCCUACCCUCAACCCAAAAAAUACCCAUAGAAUGAGUUGACACGUCGAUAAUAAGAGUACUCUUCUACACCACGUGCCAACCCAAGCGCUACUAAACGAUUUUUACUCCCUCUUUUUCACUACAUUUCGGUGUGAUCGCUCGCUGUUUUAACUUAUGCUGUAAGUUUGAAAAUUUGUCGAUAUAAUAUUAACUUUAGGUAAUUUUAACUCUUUAAUUAAUCGCUUUUACAUAUCGAUUUUAAAUAUCGAUUAAUGAAAGCAAUUGUCAAAUCG